UCAAACAUUCGCGUGCAGACCGCGGGCCGACUUCCACGCUGCUGGCGGUGCGCGUGGAACCAUUUGCUAUCAUCCUCUGUGCCCGUUUAACCGCCAAAGUCCUUAACUGAGCUUUUUGUUUCGCCUUUUAGUCCAAAUUCUGACACAGGAUACACGACGACGCCACCAGGUCCUGUUUUUAAACGGCAAAGUUUCUUAGUUGUUAGUUUUUUUUCCGAGUUUCUGCAUCUCUUCGUUGUGGCGGAAGGUUCACGUGCACACCAGAAGACCUCCUCGCUUUAACCCGCUGGAGGAAAUCAAUAGUUAGCAUCAGUAGCAUCUGCUAACCUGAAAGAAAAUGGCAACCUUGAUUCUGGAGGACGGAGAAAGGUUUAGCGGCAGCCUUUUUGGUGCAAAUGUGUCGGUUUCGGGAGAAGUUGUGUUUCAGACCGGCAUGGUGGGAUACCCUGAGGCUCUCACUGACCCGUCCUACAGCUGCCAGCUGCUGACUCUCACUUACCCCCUGGUCGGCAACUAUGGAGUACCGACGGAUGAAGAGGGAGAGUUUGGACUCAGCAAGUGGUUUGAGUCCUCCAAGAUCCACGCUGCAGCUCUGAUUAUUGGCGAACUGUCAGAGCAUCCCAGUCAUUGGAGGUCAGUCAAGUCACUGGACCAGUGGCUCAAAGAACAAGGCAUUCCUGGAAUACAAGGUGUCGACACCCGCUGUCUGACCAAAAAGAUCAGAGAGAAGGGCACCAUGUUGGGGAAGCUGGUUAUAGACGGGACUCCUGAGGACAGCAUCCCCUUUGAUAACCCGGAUCAGAGAAACCUGGUCCAAGAGGUGUCCAUGAAGGAGCCGAGAAUAUUCAACCCAAGUGGUGGUUUGCGGAUCACGGUGGUGGACUGUGGAAUCAAGUAUAACCAGAUCCGCUGCCUGGCUCAGAGAGGCGCACGUGUUACUGUUGUACCGUGGGACCACCCGCUCGAUAUCAACGAUUUUGAUGGAUUGUUCAUCAGUAACGGUCCAGGGGAUCCCCAGUUCUGUCAGGCCACCGUCAACAACGUGAGGAAGGUGAUCUGCGUGGAUCGGCCAAAGCCGGUUUUUGGGAUCUGUCUCGGACAUCAGCUGAUUUCUUUGGUCAUUGGCGCAAAGACCUACAAGAUGAAGUAUGGUAACCGUGGCCACAACCAGCCGUGCAUCCACAACGGGACAGGUCGCUGCUUCAUCACCAGUCAGAACCACGGCUUCGCUGUCGACCCAGACACCCUACCGAACGAGUGGGACGUGCUCUUCACCAACGCCAACGACCACACCAACGAGGGCGUCGUACACAAGACAAAACCCUUCUUCAGCGUUCAGUUCCACCCGGAGCACAUGGCCGGCCCAACAGAUCUGGUCAGCUUGUUUGAUGUUUUCCUCAACACUGUGAAAGACUACAAAGAGGGCAACACGGCAACAUCUGUUAAGCAGCGUUUGAUGGACCACCUCACCUACCCCGAUUCUCCAAAGAUCGAGGAGGUUGUCAGGCCUAAGAAAGUCCUCAUCCUGGGCUCUGGAGGACUCUCCAUUGGUCAGGCUGGAGAGUUCGACUACUCUGGAUCCCAGGCUAUAAAGGCUCUGAAGGAGGAGAAUAUCCAGACUUUGUUGAUCAACCCCAACAUCGCCACGGUGCAGACCUCCAAAGGUCUAGCGGACAAAGUCUACUUCCUGCCAAUUACACCAGAAUAUGUCACUCAGGUGAUCAAAAACGAGCGCCCAGACGGUGUCCUGCUCACGUUCGGUGGUCAGACUGCCCUGAACUGCGGCGUGGAGCUGAGGAAGAUGGGCAUCCUGGAAAAGUAUAAAGUCAAAGUUCUGGGAACGCCGGUCGCCUCCAUCGAGAUGACUGAAGACAGGAAGGUCUUUGUGGAGAAAAUGGAGGAGAUCAACGAACACGUGGCUCCCAGUGAAGCAGCGCUGUCAGUGGAGCAGGCGUUGGCAGCCGCUGAGCGUCUGGGCUACCCAGUCUUGGUUCGUUCGGCGUUCGCUCUCGGCGGUUUGGGCUCUGGCUUUGCCAACAACCGAGAAGAACUCGUUCCGCUGGUAACGUCAGCGUUCGCACACACCUCUCAGGUCCUGGUGGACAAAUCCCUCAAGGGCUGGAAGGAGAUCGAGUACGAGGUGGUCCGGGAUGCCUACGACAACUGUGUCACCGUGUGUAACAUGGAGAACAUCGACCCUCUGGGUAUCCACACGGGGGAAUCCAUCGUGGUGGCACCGAGUCAGACUCUGAACGACCACGAGUACAACAUGCUGAGGAACACAGCCAUCAAAGUGAUCCGACACCUCGGCAUUGUGGGGGAGUGUAACAUCCAGUACGCUCUGAACCCCGAGUCCGAUCAGUACUACAUCAUCGAGGUGAACGCCCGCCUGUCACGGAGCUCAGCGCUGGCCAGUAAAGCUACUGGUUACCCUUUGGCGUACGUCGCUGCCAAACUUGGUCUGGGGAUACCGCUGCCAGAGCUCAAAAAUUCUGUCACCAACUCUACAACGGCAAACUUUGAGCCGAGUUUGGACUACUGCGUGGUGAAAGUUCCUCGGUGGGAUCUCAGCAAGUUCCUCAGGGUUUCCACCAAGAUCGGCAGCUCCAUGAAGAGCGUCGGGGAGGUGAUGGCCAUCGGCCGGAGCUUUGAGGAGGCCUUUCAGAAAGCUCUGAGGAUGGUGGAUGAGAACUGUGUUGGCUUUGACCACACCAUCAAACCCGUCUCUGAAAAGGAGUUGCAGACGCCCACCGAUAAGCGAAUCUUCAUUUUGGCGGCUGCGCUCAGAGCCGGCUACACGGUGGAUCAGCUGUACGAGCUCACCAAGAUCGACCGCUGGUUCCUGCACAAGAUGAAGAACAUUGCCGACCACGAGCAUCUGCUUGAGACCUACAACCAGGAUGAGAGCGCUAUGCCUCCAGAGGUGAUGCGUAAGGCCAAACAGCUGGGCUUCUCAGACAAGCAGAUCGCUCUGGCUGUGCAGAGCACGGAGCUGGCAGUCAGAAAGCUGCGUCACGAUUGGUCCAUCCUGCCUGUUGUGAAACAGAUCGACACGGUGGCUGCUGAAUGGCCCGCCCACACCAACUACCUGUACCUGACCUACCACGGCUCCGAAAACGACCUGAGCUUCGGCGAGCAGCACGUCGUGGUGAUCGGUUCGGGCGUGUACCGCAUCGGCAGCAGCGUGGAGUUCGACUGGUGCGCGGUCGGGUGCAUCACGGAGCUCAGGAAAAUGGGUUAUAAAACCAUCAUGGUGAACUACAACCCUGAGACGGUCAGUACAGAUUACGACAUGUGUGAUCGUCUCUACUUCGACGAGAUCUCCUUUGAGGUGGUGAUGGAUAUCUAUGAAAAGGAAAACCCAGAGGGGGUGAUCCUCUCUAUGGGGGGGCAGCUGCCCAACAACAUCGCCAUGUCGUUGCAUCGUCAGCAGUGUCGCAUCCUGGGAACGUCGCCCGAGUUCAUCGACAGCGCGGAGAACAGGUUCAAGUUCUCCAGAAUGCUGGACACCAUCGGCAUCAGCCAGCCGCUGUGGAAGGAGCUCUCCGACACCGAGUCUGCGGUGAAGUUUUGUGAGACUGUCGGGUAUCCCUGCUUGGUCCGGCCCUCCUACGUUCUCAGCGGAGCUGCCAUGAACGUCGCCUAUGGUGACAGUGACCUGGAGAAAUACCUGAGCAGUGCUGUAGCUGUGUCCAAAGAGCAUCCUGUGGUCAUCUCCAAGUUCAUUCAGGAGGCCAAAGAGAUAGACGUAGAUGUAGUCGCCUGUGACGGGGUGGUGAUAGCAGUUGCGAUCUCUGAGCAUGUGGAGAACGCCGGUGUUCAUUCUGGUGAUGCCACGUUGGUGACGCCGCCUCAGGAUCUCAAUCAGAAAACCCUUGAGAGGAUCAUGAUGAUCGUUCACGCUAUCGGCCAGGAGCUGCAAGUCACCGGACCCUUUAACCUGCAGCUCAUCGCCAAGGAUGACCAGCUGAAGGUGAUUGAAUGCAACGUACGAGUUUCCCGCUCCUUCCCUUUUGUAUCCAAGACGCUGGGAGUCGACCUUGUUGCCCUGGCAACGCAGGCCAUCAUGGGAGUUGAAGUGGAGACGGUCGGUCUCAUGAGUGGAAAAGGGAUUGUGGGAGUGAAGGUUCCUCAGUUCUCCUUCUCUCGGCUGGCCGGAGCCGACGUGGUGCUCGGGGUGGAGAUGACCAGCACCGGAGAAGUGGCCUGUUUUGGGGAGAACAGAUACGAAGCGUACCUCAAGGCCAUGCUCUCCACUGGCUUCAAGAUCCCUAAAAAGAACAUCCUGCUCUCCAUCGGCAGCUAUAAAAACAAGAGCGAGCUGCUGCCCACCGUUCAGGCACUGGAGUCUCUGGGAUACGACCUGUAUGCCAGCAUGGGGACUGCCGACUUCUACACAGAACAUGGAGUCAAGGUGAUGGCGGUGGAUUGGCCGUUUGAGGAGGAGGACAGCCAUUGUCCCAACAAGGAGAGGCAGCGCAGCAUCAUGGACUACCUGGAGGAGAACCACUUCGACCUGGUCAUCAACCUCUCCAUGAGGAACAGCGGCGGUCGAAGGCUGUCCUCGUUCGUCACCAAAGGUUACCGAACCAGGCGUAUGGCCGUCGACUACUCCGUCCCACUCAUCAUCGACAUCAAAUGCACCAAACUCUUUGUCCAGGCUCUUCGUCAGAUUGGUAGAGCUCCACCGGUGAAAACUCACAUCGACAGCAUGACGUCUCAGACGCUCGUCCGUCUGCCUGGUCUGAUCGACGUCCAUGUUCAUCUGCGGGAGCCGGGCGCCACCUACAAGGAGGAUUUCUCCUCUGGGACCGCCGCCGCUCUGGCAGGAGGCGUGACUCUGGUGUGUGCGAUGCCCAACACAUCUCCCGCCAUCACGGACGUCAACACUCUGACACUCGUACAGAAGUUGGCCAAAGCUGGCUGCCGCUGUGACUACGCUCUGUAUGUGGGCGCUGCUUCCGACAACGCCGCCACCCUGGCGUCCAUCGCCACCCAGACCGCCGGCUUGAAGAUGUACCUGAACGACACGUACUCCACGCUCAAAAUGGACAACGUCUCUCUCUGGAUGGAGCACUUUGAGAAGUGGCCCAAGCAGAUGCCCAUUGUGGCUCACGCCGAGAAGCAGACGGUGGCUGCGAUUCUGAUGGUGGCUCAGCUCUACCAGCGGCCGGUUCACAUCUGCCACGUGGCCAAAAAGGAGGAGAUCUUGAUAAUCCGAGCAGCUAAGCAGAAGGGCAUCCAGGUGACGUGCGAGGUGGCUCCUCAUCAUCUCUUCCUGUGUGAGGACAACGUCUCGGAUAUCGGUGAGGGACGGGCGCAGGUUCGACCCAUGUUAGGAACCCUUGAAGACAUGGAAGCACUCUGGGAAAACCUGGACGUUAUCGACUGCUUCUCUACGGACCACGCUCCUCACUCUGCAGAGGAGAAGAACUCUGUACGUCCUCCUCCCGGUUACCCCGGCCUGGAAACGAUGCUGCCGUUGCUCCUGACCGCUGUCAGCGAUGGACGUCUGACUCUGGAUGAUAUUAUCAAACGUCUUUAUGACAACCCACGCAAGAUUUUUAACCUGCCUGUCCAGGAAAACACCUACGUGGAGGUGGAUCUGGAGCAGGAGUGGGUUAUUCCUCAGGCCAUGCAGUUCACCAAAUCCAAGUGGACACCUUUCCAAGGCAUGAAGGUGAAGGGUAAAGUCCGCCGUGUGGUCCUCCGAGGAGAGGUGGCCUACAUCGACGGCCAGGUGUUGGUACCUCCUGGUUAUGGUGAAGAUGUGAAGACUUGGUCCACACCCCUGAUCCCUCCUGCUGAACCUGUGAAAGAACCCCCAGUGUCUCCGGAGCGAGCGCGACCAACUCCUCCUCGCGAGGGCCACGUCCGAACUCGACCUCCAAGUCCUCGUCGCUCUACUGGAGAGUCCCGUUUUCUGCUGCCGCCUCGCACCCACCGCUCCUCUGAUCCCGGACUGCCCCCAGAAAUGACCAUGCUCCCACUAGCCAGCGCCGGUGACGGUUACAGCCAUCCUCCACCACUGUCCAGGCUGCUGUCUCCUCUGUCCGAGCCCAGACUGACGGCUCCGUCCCAGGUGUCACAUUUACAGAUGUCUCCUCUGCUGCACCCGCUGGUGGGACAGCACAUCCUGACCGUCCGCCAGUUUAGCAAAGAGCAGAUCUCACACCUUUUUAAUGUCGCCCACACUCUGCGUUUGAUGGUUCAGAAGGAACGAAGCGUCGAAAUCUUGAAGGGUAAAGUGAUGGCGUCCAUGUUCUAUGAGGUCAGCACUCGCACCAGCAGCUCCUUCGCAGCAGCCAUGCAGCGUCUGGGCGGCUCGGUUGUCCACUUCAGCGAGUCCACGUCGUCCUCGCAGAAAGGAGAAUCUCUGACGGACUCCGUUCAGACCAUGAGCUGCUACACCGACGUCCUGGUUCUUCGACACCCGACGCCUGGAGCUGUCGAGAGCGCAUCCCGUCACUGCCGUAAGCCGGUGAUCAAUGCAGGCGACGGCGUCGGGGAACAUCCAACCCAGGCCCUGCUGGACGUCUUCACCAUCAGAGAGGAACUCGGGACGGUCAACGGCAUGACGAUUACAAUGGUUGGGGAUCUGAAACAUGGCCGCACGGUUCACUCUCUUGCCAAACUGCUGACCCAGUACCGCAUCACCCUGCGCUACGUGGCGCCCAAAAACCUCCACAUGCCAGCUGAGAUCAUCAGCUUCGUGGCCUCAAAGGGAAUCAAACAGGAAGAGUUUGACAGUAUUGAGGAGGCUCUUCCUGAAACAGACGUCCUUUACAUGACGAGGAUCCAGAAGGAGAGGUUUGGAUCUGAGAAGGAGUACAAGGCUUGUUUUGGUCAGUUCAUCCUCACUCCUCACAUCAUGACUGUGGCCAAACAGAAGAUGGUGGUGAUGCACCCAAUGCCCAGAGUCAACGAAAUAAGUCCGGAGGUGGAUACGGACCCCAGGGCGGCGUACUUCCGUCAGGCGGAGAACGGCAUGUACAUCAGAAUGGCCCUGCUGGCCACCGUACUGGGCAAAUAAAUCACUGCGUAGGUUUUAUUUUGAAGCAGCGCUGGCGUAACGAAACAACUACAGUACAAUGAUUUUAGUUUCUUUAUCUCCGGGCUGUUUCCUGAAAUUUCUCAUUUUCAAACUUGACUGCGGUGGGAACUAUGCUGUGAAUGACGACUUUAGACCAAAACGUUUAUAAUAAUAUGCUGCUGUAAGACAACAGAGCUUCUCUUAAAUCCCAGAGUUACACAUUUCAGCUGCAAUAAUUUAUAUUUUUUCACGUCUUUAAACUUAACAGCUUAGGGUUCAGGGACAUUUUUUUGUGUUUGAGGUGUUUAACAGAUUUUGUAUUUCUGUAUGACCGAGCCAUACAGAGGGGUAACUGUGACUCUUGGAAGGGGAAAAACAAUUAGAGUGGCAUUACAAUUAGUAUUUUUGUAUGAAGGAAAUAUAUUGUUUGGUGUCUGGAUGAGAAAGUGUUAUUUAAAGGAAGCAGUCAGGCUGAUUAAAGAGGGGAACACUGUCCUGAAUUAUUACCAUUUCUUUGUCUACGUAAAGUCUAUGGUGACCAAUAAUGGUAUCUAUCAAAUACUAAAGCUUUUCUACUGUAAGUUUUCCUUUUUUAUUGUACGUUUAAAAUGUGUAACAGUGGAUAUAAAAAUGAUGACGUGUUCUCAAAGCGCCUGUCUUUGGAUGGCUAAUGGGUUGGUUCUGUAACUGUCAAUGGUUUCUUAUAUUGUAACAGUUUGGAAACUUUUUUACAUAAAAAUUAAGAAGUGAAAGCAGUAAAGUGUUGAACUACUUCAUUGAUGGAAAAAUAAAUGUGAUUUUCUCAUCCUAUUAUUGCUGCAUGAAGCAAAAACGCUAAAAAAAAAAUGCCGCAAAUGCAAUUUAUAGCACAAUUCAAGCUUGCUUGUUACAAACUUCUGGAUUAUUGAGCUCACCUGAAUAUACGCCGCGCCCACUAAAUUAAAAAAUAUUUUUGUACAUAUAUAGGCGGCGCUUGUCUUAAGAUAUGUGUGACCACGUUGUAACAAGAGCUAUUGUACCGGUAACAUACACAAAUGCGUACGGUAA